ACUGUUGAACAAAAAAAAAAAAAAAUUUUUUUUUAACGCAAAAAAAAGUAUAAAAUGACCGGUUUUCACUAAAAUUUUUUUUGAAUAUUUUUUUUUUACCGGAAAUUGAAUAGAAAAAAAAUUAUAUAUUAUAAUAUUUAAUUUUUUCAAAUUAGAAGGAUGAAUUCUAAAACUCAAUUUGCUUUAAAUUUAAUAGGAGAAGCUAUAAGUCCAUAUUUACCAUUAAUUACUGUAGCUACAGGAUUAAUCAGUGAAAUCAUAGAUAUUUAUGAAACAGCAGAAUAUAAUAGAAAGAUUUGUGAUGUUUUAGUGGAACGAAUGAUAUUGGCUAAUAAUGCUAUUAAUACAUUACAAAGUAGAAAACAAAAAAAUGAAAGUAAAUUUCGUAAUGAAGAAUAUUAUAAAGCUUUUAAUAGAUUUAUAUAUGUUUUAAAAGAAAUUAAAGAAUUUGUCUCUGAUAUUUCAAAUAUUCAGGGUAUUAAGAAAUAUGCAAAAGCUUAUAAAAUUAAGAAUAAAUUUGAUAAACUCACAAAUGAUUAUGAUAAUGCUAUGAAAGAUUUAAAUUUUACUAUGGCAGUUGCUAGUGAAGAACAGAGAAGAAUUGAUGAUGCAGCCUUAAAAGAAGAUUUGGAUGAAAUGUCUAAAUAUAUGUCCAAAUAUUUUGAAGAAAUUGAUAGUAAAUUGGAUACUAUUUAUGAUGAAAUAAAGCAUAUGAAGAGUCAUAUAGAUGAUGAAAAUGAUAAAACUGAUAAAAUUUUACAAGGCGUAAGUAAGAUUGAUUCAAAACAAUUAUUACAACCUAUACGAGGAAAACCUGAUGAUAAACGUGGUAAAGAACCUAAAUAUAUUAUUAAGAAAAUUUAUCAAGGACAAGAUGUAGCUUGUAAAUUUACUGAGGAUGAAAUUGAACCGAGUCAAAAGACACAAAGACUUCUUGAAAUUUUAAUGAAAUUAUCUGUUGGAUGUAAACGUAUUCUUAAAUUUUAUGGUAUUUCAUCAAUUGAAAAACGUAAUGUUAUGAUUUUUGAGUGGGCUGAUCGUGGAACUUUGAAAGAACUUUAUGAAGUUAAAGAUAUCAAAUGGCAUUAUAAAGUUCGAAUUGCUCUUGAAAUUUGUCGUGGCCUUAUAUUCUUACAACAUGUUGACAUUUUACAUCAUGAUUUGAGAUGUGAAAAUAUUUUAAUGACAGAAAGUUUAGAACCUAAAAUUUAUAAUUUUGAGUUAGCACGUUCUUUUGAUUGGAAAACUACUACUAUGGAUCAAACGAUAGGAGAUAUAUUACGUUGGAUGGCUCCCGAAAAAUUAAACAAUAAACCUUAUACAACACAAUGCGAAAUUUUUAGUUUUGGUAUGUUACUUUGGGAACUUACAUUUGAAAAAGUUCCAUAUCAGGGUUGGGAAAUAGAAAGAAUUGUGGAUCAUGUUACUAAAAGUGGUAGAGAAAAAAUUACAUUUGGGUCUUCAAUUCCUGAAAAUUAUCAAAAUGAAUAUAAAAAUAUUAUAAGUGACACUUGGAAGCAAAAUCCGCAUGAACGUAUUCCUUUUAUGAAAUUAUUAGAUUUGUUAGAAGAAUUAUAUACUUCUAUUAGUUAUAUGUUUGAAGAUAAUUCACUAGGUUUACUCCCUGAUAAAACCUUGGAUUUAGAUGGAUCAAAAGAUGGUAUUGAUGAUUUAGAAUUACCAGAUGAGGAAAUUAGUCCUGUUAUUAUAAAACCGGUAAUUACAUUAGAAGAAGGAAUAAGAGCUUUUGAAAAUAAAGAACAUGAAAAAGCGUGGGAAUGUUUUGAAUUUCAUGCAGAAAAUAAGAAUACGACAGCAAAAUAUUGGAAAGGUCGUUAUUUAUGGGAUGGACUUCUUAAUGAUAUUAAAGGACGUGAAGAAGAAGGUAAAAAAUUACUUAAAGAAGCAGCUGAUGAAGGAAAUUCUGAUGCUCAAUUACGUUAUGCUUUUACUUUUAAACAAUUUCUUGAUAAAGAAGAAAAUCAAAAAAUAUUUAUGGAAUACAUUAAAAAAGCUGCUAAUGAAGGAAAUAAUCCCACUGCACAAUUUAAUUUGGGUGAUAUAUAUUAUAAAGGAAAAUGUAAUACUCCAAAAGAUGAAGUUGAAGGAAUUAAAUGGUUAAGAAAAGCUGCUUUACAAGAUAAUAUUAAAGCAAUCAAUUUAUUAAAGAAAUUGGGAGUAGGUGUCUAUGAUUAAGUCUUAGGCUCUUAGCAUAUUCGUAAAUAAAAGUUUAGAUUUAGCAUAAAAUAAUUAUAUAAAAAUCAAAUAUUAUUUAUUUAUUAUUUAUUACGAUACUUCUUCCUAAUAGUUUAUCAUAUAUAUACACACAUAUAUAAAUCAUGAAUUUAUACAAUAUUUAAUUAAACAAAUAAAAA